AUGGAGUGGAAAUGGUGUUAUUUUCUUGGUUACGUUUACAUAGAUUACGGUUCCGAUACUGAUCUGGUCAAGAAAUUGGCACAUGUCACAGAUCAAGUAGCAGAUACAUUUGGAGCUAAUGGAGUUCCACGAAUUCUCCGUGUGAUUGAAAUCCUUGAAAUUAAGCCAGCUCGUAAAUUCUUCGCUUACUAUAUGGUCAUGUUUGGUGUCAUUGUCGAAAAGACAAAAUCGCCAAUGUUAGGAUCUGGCAUCGCUAUAACUUACACCAUGUUCCUUUUGCGUAACACUCAAGGAUGUUAUGUUAUUCGUUGUUCCGGCCCUAACAAAAGAAUAUCUUGA